GGUGAGGUUUUUAAUGAGGGAGGUCUUCAUGGUUUCCAAGCUUGACUUGUUCCACAUGGUCAAGCUUGAGGGGGAGUGUUGAGAUGAGGUAAUAAAGAGAGGAGACAUUGAUAGAGAAAGAGGAUUGAGGCAUACAGUAACUUUGGAGUUUUACCACAGUAACUUUAGUUUUACUGUGGUAACUCAGUUAAAGCUUGGAAAGUGAUCUUGCUUCACUUUGGAGAGUUACCCACGACCAAGGAGCUCUUGGAUAAGGAAGGAGCAGUCUGGAUAAGGUUUCCUCAAGCUAGAGAGGCUGGAGACAGGCUGUAAAGUAGACAGCAUCUAGUAAAAGAUGCCAAAGGGAUCAAGCAUGUGAAGACUCCCAUUGGAUGCUUUUGGAUGGCUCUCUUUGACUACACAUGCUCUGAAUCUCUUUCUUAUCUUAUGGAUUUCGAAAUGUAUUGUCUCUCUCAUAUAAAUAUGUUGUAAACCUCAUCUUUAAUGAUUAAUGGAGUUUUUAGUCUCUCUCUUUAUUCUCUCACUAAAAUCUCUUAAUCUCUUUAAUCUUUUCAUCUGAUUAUCUCUGAUUAUUUGAAUCAUGCUCUAAUACACAAAAGUGUAUAUGGUAUCAGAGCCAGGUUGGCAAAAAGGGGGUGAGUGUGAUUUCUUUUUCUCAAAAUCAGAGUGUUCUUGAGUGUUCUUGGGAUUAUUGAGGUUUCUGGGUAUGUGUGUUGUCUAUUCUUUUGUGGCUGGGUUUAUUUGAGAUUCUCUGGUGGAAACAUGGAUAUGAAGCACGAAUCUAGUGGAGCAGUGAAGAUUCAAGAAGAAAACAAGUGGGUUUGGCCAAGAUGGGUAAAGACAGCUUUGGGAAGCUGUGAGAUUUGGAGUAAUCAAGUAAAGGGAGAACCUUUAAUGGAGAGAGCUGCUGAUGGGGGUCAGACAGCAAGGUUGAAAUGUGAAGAUCAGUUGAGUCUUGAAGAAAGUAUAUCUCUUGAGAAGAUUGAAGAUGUUUAUGAGAACAAGAUCAAUCUAAGGAGGAUGUAUGAAGUCAGGAAGAUGAUCUGUGAGUUGAAACAAGGGAAAGAAGGUUUCAAUCAGCAUGUGAAGAAGCUGAGAUGUUUGUGGUCGGAGUUACAAAGCUUGAGACCAAGAAGUUGUGAUCCGAGAGUGCUAGAAGAGUGGCGAGAGCAAGAUGUUGUCUUCAGCCUCCUUGCAAGCUUGGAUUCAUCUUAUGGCUGGUUGGUAAAGCUUAUUCUCAAGGAAGAGAAGCUACCCAACAUGGAAGAAGUGUGUAUACUUGUUCAGAGGCUUCAUCAAGUGAUGGAAGAGAACAAAGAGAUAACUUGGAGUAAGGAGGGUGCUAAAAGGAAGAAGGGAAGGCUGAGACGACGUUCUAAGGCUCAGAUCAGAAGAGGAAGGUAUGACUUUUAGGAAUGUAAAGGAUAAUCUGAGUUUAGAAAGGAUUAAAGAAGGAGAAUAAGAGAUUAAGAGACAACUUAGAGACUAAUGGAGAAUCAUAGUGAAAUGAGUAAAGAGAAAGAUUGUUUAGAACUGUCUAAUCUUUCAUUAAGGACAUGAGUUACAAUAUAUAGUGUGAGCAUACAAGGG